AACGGGCGCGACCAUUUUGAAACAAGGAACUGCUUAGGAAGAAUGGAUAAGAGCAACACAGUGAAGCUGUUUGUGGGGAAUUUGGCCCUGGACACGACCCAAGAAGAGCUGUCCUCCAUCUUUGAGCCUUAUGGGUCUGUGGUGAGCUGCAGUGUGCUCAGGCAGUUUGCCUUUGUGCACCUGCAGGGCGAGGGCGCUGCUGCCAGGGCCAUCAAGGAGUUGAAUGGCCGUGAAUUUCGUGGGCGUAACCUGGUUGUGGAGGAGUCACGUGGGAGGCCAUUGCACUCGACCAAGGUGUUUGUGGGUAACCUGAGCGGUAUGUGCACCACAGAGGACCUGCAGGAGCUUUUCCAGACGUUUGGGAAAGUGCUGGAGUGUGACAAGGUCAAAGGCUAUGCCUUUGUGCACAUGGAGAACAAAGAGGAUGCGCUGCAGGCCAUCGAGGCGCUUCACGGGACCUCCUUCAAGGGCCGCCCACUUUCCGUGGAGCUCUCCAAGGUGCAGCCCAGCAAGCAGGCGCCCACCGGCAAAAUCCCCUGUGUGAGCUGCGGCAAGCAGGGUCACUACGCGGGGGAGUGCCCCAUGGGCAAGCCCACUCUGGAGCAGUACCAGAGCCAGGCUGCUGUGCUGGCAGCUGCUGCCGCUGCCGCUGCUGGGCUCCCACUGCAGGUGCAGCAAAGCGUCCACAACUCGGUGUACAACACGUCCACCUUCGACCCCACGUACGCGGCCCUCACGGGCCUGACGACCCGCAACCGAUCUGACGGUACUCCGGUGAGCCCGGCUGUGUACGGGGCCCUCGCCAGCCAGGUGUACGGCGCCGUUGCCAACCAGCUCUAUGGCUCCAUGGCCAAUCAGGCACUGACCUCUGGCGCCACCCAGGUGUACAGUGGCAUGAGCACUUCAGAGUAUGGCCAGGUGACAAACGACUCGGCCGCCGCCGCCGCCGUUGCCGCCGCCGCUGCCUACAACACCCAGAUGUACCCACCGGCCAUGGGCAGCCCCAUGUAUCUGGGGGCCGGGGAAGUUCCCUCGGGCACAGCGGCCGUGAACCCUGCGUACAGCGUGGCGCCUGCCCUCUACAGCGCCAGUCCAGCCUAUGGGAGCACUGACCCAACGGCACAGGCCAUCUUCAAGGCGGCACGGGCACAUUACUUUGCCCAAGGCCAGCAGGUCCUUGCCGAGCAGCAGGCCGGAGCAAAGUCAGGCGAGCGAGACCGCAGCCCUUUGCGCCGCUCGGCGCCUUUGCUCCCCGACCCGGUGCCCAAACCAUUCAUGCAACAGAGGCCCAAACGUAGAGCCCUCCUGCCCACACCCUCGAGCCGGCCAGAGGAUGGCGCUGCAGCGGAGGAAGAUCCCGUGGCGAGGUAUUAUGCAGACUAUUACCAGCAGUACCAACAGUACCCCCAGUACCAGUAUGCCUACCCACCCCCAGACCCCCUGCCCCCUGUGCCUGGCCAGGAUGCCCCUCAGCCUCCUGCCCCGGGUGCUGCCACGUCGCCCAGACUGUAUGAGCCGCCGCCUCCGCCGUCGUCGCACAAGGAGCCCCUCUUCCGCCGCCCUGAGCUCCCCCCUCACACUCCAGAGCCCCCGUUCCGAUAGUGGCCCUGCCCUCCCUCCCGUGGAGGUCGUGUGUGUGAGCGUGCUUGUCUGUGUGUACCAGGGUCUUUAAGGACUGUAUCCCAACUUUGGUCCUUUGUCAACUCAUUUAUAGGCAGGUCAUUUGGAGGAAAGAUUUGGUUUUAUCCUUUAAAAGUGGCUUCAACACAUACAAUAAUUUGUAUUACUCCUUUUGUUAAAAAAAGGUCUUUUUUUUCUUUUCUUUUUUUUUGUUUGCUGGUUGCUGGUUAUUUUCUUGGUAUUUGUCAUGUCAUACAGCACUGACUACGUUCCUACUUUGGUUUAAUUACAAUUUCAGAUAUAUUUUUUUGGGAACUUUAAUUGUAAAGCAGCCUGGCAUUUGGACUGUUAUUUCAAUAUUCUACUGUUGUCUUAGCAGUGCAUUUAAUACAUUCUGGACAUACAUGGCCUGUCUCUCUCCUUUCCCCCCCUCUCCUUAGUGUUUUAAUUUGGUGUAAAACAACCCCCAAACAAUUUGGUAGGGUGAAGUGUUGAACACAUGAUGAUGUCAUAUAGGAUCAGGGUUAGUAUCUGGUACUUUUCUUUGGUUCUACCAGCCACUAUAGUGGCGGUGAUGUGGACAGCCCUGACAUUUCUGCGUCUCGAUGGGCUGUGGAGAAAUAAGCAGGCACACAGGCAGGGGAUCACAAGAGCUAUAAGACUCCCCCCCCCUCCCACUACUGGGACUCUACUGCACACACCCUGCAUCUACCUCUCGUUGAGAUGCAGCUGAUAGCACGUGGCCUGUGGGCUGGCCGGCCAGAUAGCCUUUGGGAUUGACUUGCCAUAUGACAGCAGCUAGCUUGCCAACCCAUUCGCCUUCACCCUGAAAGGGGAUGGUGUGUGGUGGUGAAGAUUUUUGUAACUGCUUUUACUUCAUUCACCCUCUGGAUGUGUCCAUAGGGCCCUCACUUGUUUGAACUUUAGUCAUGUGUCUAAUCUUGUAAAUAAAAUUGGAAAAAGGGACUCAAUCCAUUUUCAUGUAGGUGUUUUGCCUUUCUGUAGCCAAGUCUGUGCUGUAUGUUGUCACUGAGGUGUUUGUGCCAUUGCUGCCAGCAGGUGCAUUUUUGCUGCAGGUCUCACCCAUGUGCCCCAUCUACUCUUAGCACUAAAUGUGCUCUCACUCCUACCUUUAUGUGAUACCUCCAGGUGGGAUACUGAGCUCAGAGCAGGCUGCUGCAGUCUCUGGGUGCAUGGUUGGUGUAAGGCCCAAGAGUUAUACAAGCCAUGAAAAAACAGCAGUGUCUGGGGCUCUGGACAGUAACAAGUUGCAUGGUUCUAGCACAUGGGUUUCGCAGCUUUUCUCAGCUUGUGUGUUAUGAGUGUGCACAAAGUCACAACAUUGACCAAAAGUAACAAUUUCACUUUAAUCUUGCACAGUUUCUCUACAGCAUAAAAUCAAAUCUUUCCAACCAUUUCAAGAAACAUUUGAACUGUCUCUGCAAUGAGAACAAUGUCUCUUAUUUGAAUGAAAAGGGUUAGGGCGAAAUGGCACAUUUAGCCUUGCAAACGUGAAGUUGUAAUAAUAAAUAAAAAAAAAAACAUCCCUUAUCACUCAACCUUGAGCACCUAGUGAAAUAAAAUGAAUAAUCCAUGAUAUUGGAAAAUGUGUUCAGUUUGUGUACAGUUUUUUUGUAACUGGGUUCAUGUUUUAAAUUGGCAGUCAAAAUGCAAUGGAUUGUUUUUAAGUUUUAUAUGUCCCUUUAUCAAAUCAUGAGAAAGGGUUAGAAAUUUCAGAUUGUUGAAACACAAUUUGUUCACCUUUUGUUUUUAAGUUUCUGAAAUUGUACUGAAUUGACCUGAGCUUCAGGCCUUACUCCUUUGUGUUUUAUAAGGGCAUUUUGCCCUACGUAAGAUUCAAAGGAGCUUCUUGUGGUUUGUUUAUAUAUUUUUGUAUUUUUUUUCUUUAAUCUUGCCCAUCCUGACACAUCUGGUCAAGAUCUUCCCGUUUUCUUUCUUGUCCAGCUCUCUCCUCUCCCUAGGAGUGUGAGUGACGGUUUUCCUUCCUUUGAGCACCAGCGAUCGAUAUGAUGGUGAGAACAGGGAGCGCUCACGCACACACGCGUGCACACACACUGAGCCCUGCUCAUCUGCAUUCAUAACCUUGCUGUCCCAAACCCUUACAUUUGGGGUGCUGUUAGGAUGAAAAGAUGUAGAUGUCCUCUCCUUGUUGUUAGCAUGUGUUUUUUCCUUUUAAUUUUUUGAAAAUCUACAUUUCAUGAUAAAUAUGUAUUUGCAUUAAAAAUAAAGAAUCUUAACAGUAUUAUUAAUAGGGCUUGCAGGGUUUUCAUUACUUUAUAUUCUUAUCAGGGUUUUUGUACAAAAACCACAGUCUACAGGAUGGGGACUUUGCAUAGCCCAGUGUUGAACUGCAUAGGUUCCAAUGACACAGUGUGUUCAGUACAGCUGCCACAACAUUCAGUGCUAUCUGCAAUGCUUAUUGGUGUCCUGUUCCUGGUGAUAUGUCAAGGAAAUGCCCAACGUAGCAUGUCUGUGACAUUUUACUAUGCCGAGUGAAUAUAGUGUUGAGGCAGGUGGCCGUGAUGUGAAAGUAGGAACAAUCAGUGGGUUGUUUUUUUUUUCCUCCAAAUUAGGGCAAACAAAAGAAGGUUCUCCGCUUGUUUGGUACUUGGCACAGAAGGGAUGUUGGUUGUUUUGCUGGCACUGCAGUUCUGCUUAUCUGUUGCUGUGAUUAUGGCCACUAUUCUGUAGAAGUGCAUGUUUCUCUUCUCAUUCUGCUUUUCAAGAUCAUUUUUCCCCCUUUGACUAACUAUUCCAACUGAAUUAGGUCCCAGGCCACCGGACGCCAUGUGCGUGUGAUGUGGGGGGAAGAAAAUUAGCAUCGCGAAAUGCUGUGGAAGCGCCCCCCCCCCUUCCCCUCAAGCUGCAAGGCGCAGUGCUGUAGAGAGGCUGAGGUGAGACGGGGGUUCCCCUUUGUGUCGGCAUCUCUGCAUCACCCCACCGAUGAAGGGAUGGAUGGAUGGAUGGAUGGAAGGUAAGCAAUGCAUGGGUCACCAGCUCCAGUCCAUCCCCAUUCCCUAACCCCCUCCACCAUAGAGCCCCCAUCCCCUAUCCUGUUCCUGGAGGGUAACAGGUCAGAGGGCACUGUGUAAGCAGUCACACUAGAAGCCUCCCAGUGCUCUGCACUGGAGAUGGUCGUCGUUGAGCUUGCAGGCCGCUAUGCCAACUAAAGGCACUAAAUAAUAGCUUUUCUCUUUAACCAGAACUAAUCAUUUAUGCCCGUUUGUGUCAGGUUUAAAUUAAGACCAGCACAGAUCUAAUCACAUUUCUUUGGGUAGGUUCGGUCCAAGUGUGCAACAAAUGUCCAUUGUCUUUAGUCAUGUUUAUUGUGCAAGAUCUUCCACCCUCAUGCAAGUAACCCCCAAUCAAAUCUAUCCAUAUGUAAGCCAUAGUCUGUGAAAUGCAGUGGUGGGUUUAGCUGAUUCUCAGUUCUAGACCCUGGAUUUUUCUUUUAAUUUUGGUGGCCAGUGCAUAGAAGUAUUGUAACCAUGUUGAAAUAUUCAGUUAGCAGGGAUAUACACAACAGACCAGCUUUUUUGUGGUAUUUAAGUUCUAUUGAGCGCCAUAGAUUUUGAGCACGGUGUGUGUUUUGAGCAUUUUGGGCAGAAGUGUAAAAUGUGCAUGAGUUCUCUCAGCCAGUUUAAGUGGUGUGGUAAAUUUAGAAAAUGGAGGGCAAGAGUUUUUCUAGGUUGGCAAAAUUAACAUGUAGCUUAAUGAUUUAUUUGCCAGAUGUGCAAGUUGAUUUUGUUUAAAUAGGAUUCUUGGUUUUAAAAUACUUGUUAGAUUUAUUAUUGCAUUAGAACUCAUUUUGGAGCCAAUAGAGUAGAUGUAUAUUUUUAAAAAUCACAGAAUCAACAAAACUAUGGGGACAAGUUUCAACUGCUUUACCUCAGGAAAGGGAACUUCAAUUUUUUUUUGUAUUGAUGUUGUGACCAUUGUAUUGUCUGGUAUUUGGGAAUAAAUGAUCUGUUGAGAAAA